AUGAAGAGGUCGCACAUGGAAGACCACAUUGUAACUGUGCAAGUCUGUAGUAGACACACCCAUAACCAUGAACAUGUUGCUUCCAUCUCAAGAAGCUCGCUUAAACAGCAUGCACCUGAUGUAGUCCAUCUGAUCACACAACCCUCGCACACUGACAACCCGCGGCUUCAGCUCCAUCUACCAUCUCUCGAGCACGCGCACGACAUCGAGAUCCCUGCCCUACAAAAACUGUUUGAAACUUGGGCACAGCAUUCGUCAUAUCAGAUCCUAGACGAAGCAGCUCUCACAUUCCCGACUUUCAGCGACAGUGUUCUCCUAUACCGCGCGCUGCAACUUCUCCGUAGUCCGCUAGCUGUGGGCAUGCAAGUCCAGCUCCUCCAUCGGACUCGUACUGAACCACUGGAUGAGGUUGACGUGCAAUGUGUCUGGUGGGCGUUCAAGCACACGCCGGAGUGGAGUGUGUGGCUGCAUGCUCUUAUGGGCAAUAUUGCGGGCUUUGAUUUGCUUGACAAGCAGCCUACUGGUGGGUACAUUCGCCACUUCAUGGAAACGGAGUUGCUGCUGUUGACUACUACCGAGCGUGACGAUAUUCAUUCCAUGUACAAAUGGCAUGCGCGGUUGGCCCGGCGGUCUACUCAUCAUAUACCGUACUGGCGUCGAAUGUUUUGCUGGCUGUUUGGUUAG